AUGUUUUCCUCACAACCCGCUCACCUCGCUAAGGCGGAGGAGCUGAAGCAGGCGCCCCCAAAGGGCACGCCUUACUCCGUGGCCAUCCCCGGCACCGAGCAGCCAGGCCGCAGCCGCGUAUACCGGGCAUGGAAUGCACAGAAGGAGCUGCUGACCACACUGGAUCCCGAGGUCCUGACCGCGCAUGACAUGUUCGAGUCCACGGCCAACCGCCAACCCAAGAACCACUGCCUCGGCUGGCGCCCCUUCAACCCGGCUACCAAGGCCUUCGAUGCUUAUCAGUGGAUGACAUAUGAGACGGUCCAAAAGCGCCGCGCCGCUUUUGGUGCUGGUCUGGUGGAGCUUCACCACAAGCAUGAAUGCCACCGCCCCGGCCAGUACGGCAUCGGUCUCUGGUGUCAGAACCGCCCGGAGUGGCAGAUCACCGAUUUGGCUUGCAUGUCCCAGGGUCUCUACUCUGUCUCCAUUUAUGAUGUUCUUGCCCCGGACGCCACCGAAUAUAUUAUUAACCAUGCGGAGCUGAACUGCGUCGUGACCUCCCUCCCCCACAUCCCUACUCUCCUGAAGCUCAAGCAUACCCUACCCAAUUUGAAGAUGAUUGUCAGCCUGGAUCCCCUCGAGGCUGGUGAGCAGGAAGGUCACUCCAAGCGUGCUCUGCUGGAGUCGAUCGCUGCCGGCCAGGACGUCGCGCUCUAUACUCUUGAUCAGGUCGAGGCUCUGGGAGAGGCUUCGAAGCGCGGAUACAACCCCCCUUCGCCUUCGGACAUUGUCACUAUCAACUACACCUCCGGCACCACCGGCCCUCCUAAGGGUGUCGUUCUGUCCCACAAGAACGCUGUGGCUGCCACCUCUGCCGGUCUAGCCACCGUUGGUCAGGCUCGGGGCGACACUACCUGCUCCUAUCUUCCUUUGGCCCACAUCUACGCCCGCCUCGCCGAGCAUACUGCCUUCUGGGGUGGCGCUCGGAUUGGCUAUUUCCACGGCAACAUCGUGGAGCUGGUCGAUGAUCUGAAGCUGCUGAAGCCGACUGGCUUCAUGUCCGUGCCCCGUCUGUACAGUCGCUUCGGCACUGCCGUGCGGGCAGCCACCGUGGAGGCCCCCGGUUUCAAGGGCGCCCUGUCACGACACAUCGUUGCCGCUAAAACGGCCAACCUGAACAACCCAGACCCCUCCCAGGCCACCAUCAAGCACGCCAUCUACGACCGUAUCUGGGCCAAGAAGGUGGCGGCCGCGCUUGGCUUAGAGCGCGCCCGGUACAUGGUCUCCGGCUCGGCUCCCCUGGAUCCAACUCUGCACGGCUUCCUGCGGAUCGCCACGGGCACCGACGUCGUCCAGGGCUACGGCCUGACCGAGUCGUACGCCUGCGGUACAGCGCAGUCAACUUACGAUCUGACCACAGGCAACUGCGGCCAGCUCGCGCCCUGCGUGGAGGCCUGCCUCGCUUCCCUGCCCGACAUGGAGUACUCCGUUGACGACAAGCCCUACCCACGGGGCGAGCUUCUCCUGCGCGGCAACAACAUGUUCAACGAGUACUUCAAAAACCCAGAAGAAACCGCCAAAGCCAUAACAGAGGACGGCUGGUUCCGCACCGGCGAUGUCUGCCAAAUCGACGAGAAAGGCCGCUUCAUCAUCAUCGACCGGCGCAAGAACGUUCUCAAGCUCGCGCAGGGCGAGUACAUCUCGCCCGAGCGGCUGGAAGGUGUGAUCUUGACUGAGCUGGGCUACCUCGGCCAGGCUUACGUGCACGGCGAUAGCAUGCAGACGUUCCUGGUAGCCAUCUUCGGCGUGGCGCCCGACUUGUUCGCGCCCUUUGCGAGCAAGGUGCUUGGCCGGACAAUUGCAUCGACAGACUUGGCCGCGAUCAAGGGUGCGCUGUCGGAUGAGAAGGUCCGGCAGGCUGUGCUGCGUGAUCUUGACCGCGUCGCGAAGAAGCAUCGUCUGGCGGGAUACGAGCGUGUGCGCAACUGCUCGCUGAAGUUGGAGCCGUUCACGGUCGAGAAUAACUUGUUAACCCCGACUCUCAAGCUCAAGCGACCCCCCGUCGUGAAGGUCUACCGCGCGCUCCUAGACCAGCUGUACGCACAGGCGCUGGAAGCGGAAUCUGCGCCGCGGGCCAAGCUGUAG